AUGAUGCUAAGUGGUCUGUCCGAUGCUCAGCGCACAGCCGUCACAUCCGAUGCAUCGCGUCCGUUACAGAUCCUAGCAGGACCUGGUUCAGGUAAAACACGUGUGCUGACGACGCGCGUGGCUUGGCUCGUGCAAGGCGCUCCUGAUCGGAAGCCGAUUCCUCCGUCACAAUGCGUCGUCGUCACAUUUACCAACAAGGCAGCAGCAGAGAUGCGCUCGCGCCUUCAGGCGCUUAUUGGUGAAGAACGCACGCGAAUGCUUAUACUUGGUACAUUUCAUGCUACAUGUGCGCGAUUCCUGCGCCGCUGGGGCGAGCGAAUCGGUCUAUCGCGUCAGUUCACCAUAGCCGAUGCAGAUGAUGCCAAGCGCAUCAUCAAGGAUAUAUGCGCAGACUUUGAUGCUGACAUGGCUUCCGACGAUGUGCGCGUGAAGCCUGAGACUGCGAUCGCUGCUAUUUCACGCGCCAAGUCACGAUGCAUGAAUGCCGUACAAUGGCGCUCCAUGUCCAAAUAUCCACCAGGCACAGCCAUGCACGAGGAACAUACGUAUGUAUGCCGGAUUUAUGCGGAGUAUGAGUCACGCCUUGCUUCUCAUAAUGCACUUGACUUUGACGACCUGCUAAUGUAUGGCGUCAAACUUUUCCGCGAGCAUCCCUUCCUUUCACUUGAUCAUAUUGAACAUGUGCUUGUCGACGAGUUUCAAGACACGAAUGCCGUGCAGUAUGAGCUCAUGUGCCACAUGUCAGCUGGCAAUAAAUGCGUCAGCAUUGUUGGUGACCCGGACCAGAGCAUUUAUAGCUGGCGCCACGCAGACGUGAGUCACCUUGAACGCAUGCGAACCGACUUUCCAGGUGUCCAGCGUGUGUUGCUCGAGCAAAACUUUCGCAGCACGCCUUCUAUUCUUGAUGCUGCUUUGUCUGUCAUGCAACAGGAUAAACUGCGAAUCCAAAAGGGUCUUUACACGUCUCAUGCACAGGGUGCGCCGGUGGUUUUGCGUGCCUUCCAUGAUGCCGACGAAGAGGCGCGAUAUAUUGCGCUUGAAAUCCUUCGCCAUGUCCAGUGCACUGGCGGACUACUGACGUUUGCCGACAUCAGCAUUCUUCUACGAUUCAACGCUCAGAGCCGACCAUUGGAAGCAGCGCUUCAGCGCCACGGCAUUCCAUACCGAAUCCUCGGUGGCUUGCGAUUCUUUGACCGUGCAGAAAUCAAGGACUUGCUCGCGUACUUGGUCGUGACUGAAAACCCUGCAUACACGCCCGGUGUCUUGCGCAUUCUCAAUGUACCUAAACGUGGGAUUGGUACAAAAAGUGUUCAAGCUCUGCUUGCUGCUGCCCAAGCGGAGCAGGUCCCACUUCUCACGUACUUGGAACGAGUGUCUCCUGCCGCUGCGUACGGCAUGCGUCCAGCUGUUGUCAAAAGUGUCUCUCAGUUUGUACAGACGAUUCAAGAACUUCGCAAUGCAGCGGAGAACGGCAGCUCUGUUGCAGACUUGCUACAUCUCGUGCUCAAGCUCACCAGAUACGAGGAACAUUUGCGCCCUGACCCAGACUUUGAUUCGCGCUGGGAAAAUGUGCAGGAACUGGUGAGUUUUGCCUCUUCGAUCGAUUUGCCGCCACAGUCGCCGCCGUCGCAUCAUGGCGAACCAGUGCGCAAGCGAGCUCGUGUCAGUGAGAAUAGGCCUGAGGACGCGAAUGAGUUCAGCGUCCACAACAUCGUUGACAAUGUCCAUGCUGACGAGGAGGUUGCAACAACACCUUUAUCAGCGUUUCUCGAGUCGAGUGCGCUGGCGUCGGAUUUAGGGGUUCAGGAAGGCUCACCGCCAGCUAUGGUUACCAUCAGUACGUGUCAUGCAGCCAAGGGCCUGGAAUGGCCUGUGGUAUUUUUGCCCGCUAGCGAGGAUGGUAUCUAUCCAUUUUACCGCUCGACAACGCCUGAGGAACGUCGUGAAGAACGUCGGCUUUAUUAUGUCGCCAUGACCCGAGCACAGACCAACUUGAUCCUGUCGUGGUCGCACCGCCGCCUUGUUAUGAGUGAAUGGUCAUCCCGACAACUCUCACCCUUUCUUGCCCCCCUUGUAUCGAAAGCUCAUGGUGGUCAUGUUCCCUUGGACAAGAAACCCAUGUCCGAUGAAUCGUGGAGUCACGUCUCUCCUCCCUUCACACAUGCAUGGCUUGGUGUUACAGCCAGCAUACUCAGUCGCUCACCCAUUACCUUAGAACGCCUGAACGAGCUAGCGGAGGCAUUCGCAACGUCACCUACCGGCCAGCAGUAUCGCCGCAUCAGUGCGCAAAUACCAAGUGGCACACCAAGUGCUCCAUGGCCUAGCACUUUGCCCAGAACGGAUUCUUUCACGAAUGCCGAAGUCCGCAAGUGGCCCCGACUUGGGACAAGUACCUCUCGCGAAGUCAAUGCCCGUCCCGUGUCAUCCGCGCGAUCCCUCACACCCAAACCUGCUGGUCAGGGCUUUGUAUCGUCAUUGCAUACCCUCCACUCGACGUCUUCGUCGCUUGGCACAUCUUUUCGAUCACCGACACUCGGCUCGUCAACUUCGGCAGAACCACAUUCCUUGCGCGUGGGAUCCAAGCGUCCCCGAACACUGGGCGUAGCCCGACGUCCGCGGACAACACAGUGA